GCUGUCAAAACGAUUUGUUUUGUUUACAAGCCGUUAAGUUAAAUAUGGAUCUAUCGAAUUUAUUUACAAACAUAAAAGUUCCAUAAGAAUAUCACAAAACUGGAUACUACUGGAAUAAUCAGAAAUGUCUAAUAAAGAUUGGAUGAAAUUGCCAGUUAAAUGUAGCGAACUGCAAUUGCUCGGUACAUUGAACGGAGGGCAAAGUUUUAGGUGGAAAAAAGUCCUUAAAGAUAAGAAGGAGCAAUGGAUCGGAGUGUUCCAGGACAAAGUGUGGCAACUGCAGCAGACCGAAGAUGCCAUUUUAUACAAAGUAUAUGAAAAUGAAAGCUCGAAAACCUUGUCCAAUAAAACCUAUGAAAAAUUACUAAAAGAUUAUUUCCAUUUAGAUGUAGAUUUAUCAAAAUGCUACCAGGAGUGGUCACGAAAAGACUCAAAUUUUAAAGAGGCUGCCAAACAGUUUUAUGGGAUUAGGAUACUGAGGCAAGACAUCACUGAGAAUAUUUUCUCUUUUGUAUGCUCACAAAAUAAUCACAUAACAAGGAUAACAAGUAUGGUCGAAAAACUAACAGAAUAUUAUGGAGAUAAAAUAUGUGAAUUGGAUGGAGUGACUUACUACACAUUCCCUAAUGUAGAAAGACUGGCUGAAAGAGGAGUUGAAGGAAAAUUAAGAAGGAACGGUUUUGGUUAUAGAGCCAAAUAUAUUAGUCGCUCUGCUAAAUUUAUUAGUGAAAAUGGAGGCGAAAGUUGGUUAGAAGGAUUAAAGCAAAUGAAAUAUGAGGACGCUAAGAAAAACUUGAUGUCUUUAAUGGGCAUUGGUGCUAAAGUUGCAGACUGUAUUUGCUUAAUGUCUUUGGGGCAUUUACAAGCGAUACCAGUGGACACACACAUUUAUCAAAUAGCGGCCAAAUUUUACAUGCCAAAACUUGCACAAAAGAAAACUGUCAACGAGAAGAUUUAUAAUGAGAUCGGGGAUCAUUUUAGGGAACUUUUUGGACCUUUGGCUGGAUGGGCACAUACAGUACUGUUCUGUGCAGAUCUGAAAAAAUUCCAAGAGGAAAAAACUGUAGAACCAGAAGAAAAGGAAAUUAAAAAGAAAAAGCAAAAGACAUGUUAAUAAGUUAAUUUUUGUUGCUAAUUUAGUGUUUUUAAUUUCGAGAAAUACAAAUACAUUAAGUUUUAA